AAAACCAUCAAUUCAUUUUAAUCAUCGAUCGGUGAUGAAGAAAAUCUUUCAACUGUCAUUUACUGUUUUUAUUAUUUUCAUCAGUCUUGUGCUAGGAGUGGUGGGGAAUGUACAACAAAAAAGAAGUAAUCGAUGUAUCGACUUUCCAGUUAACCCAAAAACUGGAUUGUGUGUUCUCAAAGAUUGUGAGUCUGUGUGUAAGAAGACAAGUAAAGGGUUAGAGGGUAUUUGCUGGAAGUUUAAUGCCAAAGGAAAAGAUCCUAAGCAAUGCAAAUGUUGUGGUUUAUGGCCUCCACUUUACUAAUGUUGCUACCCAUUUAUUUUUAAUAAAUAUUCGUAUUACAAAGUAAUAAAAUAUUUUUAUGAGGUUUGGGACCUAUUAUUUUUUACUUGUAUUCACUUGAAAAAAGUAACAUGAAGCUCAGAAUUGUGGGUGUAAAUUGCGGAUCGAAUCUACUCCUUCUCGCCUAUAAAAAG